GUAUUUUUCGAUAUUCGUAUAAAACACUAUUUUAUUAUUGAAGUAUUAUAUAUAAAGCCUAGAAAAAGAUGGUUGCAGUAGACAUUUCCCCCAACCAGGAUGGAGGUGUUUUGAAGGAAAUUAUCAAGGAAGGUGUUGGAGAUGAAACUCCAGCACCUGGAAGCAAUGUAAUGGUUCAUUAUACUGGUACCUUGAUGGAUGGUACAAAGACUGAUUCAAGCAAGGACCGUAAUGCACCAUUUCAAUUUAAACUUAAAAAAGGAGAAGUCAUUAAAGCUUGGGAUAUAGGAGUAGCUACUAUGAAAAGAGGUGAAGUGGCAAUGUUGACCUGUGCUCCUAAAUAUGCGUAUGGCCAAAAGGGUUGCCCACCUGAUAUUCCAGAAAAUGCAACACUUAAAUUUGAAAUUGAAAUGAUUGAUUGGAAAGGAGAAGACUUAAGCCCUGACAAAGAUGGAAGUAUUGAAAGGUAUCAGAUCACACCAGGUAACGGCCAUAUGAAAGAUCCAGAGGAAGGAGCUUUGGUAAAUGUGCAUUUAACUGGAAUGUACAAUGAUAAGAUAUUUGAAGACAGAGAUGUAAGCUUCUCCCUCGGAGAAGGAGAAAAUUGUGGUGUUAUAGAAGGUGUAGAGAUAGCCUUAGAAAGCUUUAAAGCUGGAGAAAAAUCAAGACUUAAAAUAAAGAGCAAAUAUGCAUUUAAAAAUGCAGGAAAACCUGAAUUUGACAUUCCAGCAAAUGCAACUGUGGAAUAUAUAGUAGAGCUGAAGAGCUUUGAAAGGACAGUGAAACCCUGGCUCCUAACGUUUGAUGAAAAGAUAACACAAAGUAAAAUGUUUAAAGAAAAAGGAACAAAUUAUUUCAAAGCAGAUAAGUACAGUUUAGCAAUUAAAAUGUACAAAAAAGUCAUUUCAUUUUUGGAUCAAGAUGAAUGCAAAGAAGAUCUUAAGAUCUUAGAAAGAAACAAUCUUAUUUUAGCAGCACAUUUAAAUCUAGCCUUAUGUUACUUAAAAACAGACCAGAAUGUGGAAGCAAAGGAUGCAUGCAAUAAAGCUUUGAAAUUAUCUUCGCAAAAUGAAAAAGCACUAUUUAGAAGAGGACAAGCUUAUCUUGCAUUAGCAUCGCCCGAAAUUGCACUGAAAGACUUCCAAGAAGUUCUGAAAAUUGAUCCAACAAAUACGGCAGCUGCGAAACAAAUUUCAGCUUGUAAUAAUCUUAUUAAAAAGCAAUUAACGAAAGAGAAAAAAUUAUACGCGAAUAUGUUCGAUAAAUUUGCUCAAGAGGAUAAACAGAAGGAGGAGGAAAAACUGCGAGGGCAACCAGAUGUGAUGUGUGGGGCCUUAGGUGAAUGGGGACAGGAAGAACGACCUGGAGGCAGAGAUGCAACUGCCUUUGAAAAGGAGAAUCCUAACAUACUCAUGCUCAAUGCUAAUGGUACUGAUGAAUUUCAGAAUAUGUAAAAUGUUCUCCUUUCUUCCUCUUACACUGCCCCACUUUUAACUG